AAAUGUAUAUCAAUCUCACAUAAAAUAAUAAGUUAUGGUGGACUCAUACCUCACUUGUACCUACAGAAACUUAAAAUAAAGUCAUUAAUUUAGUGAAUGGAUAAUCUAGUUUCUAGAAUAAGGCAACACUACUUACAACCUAUUUGAGUUUAGAGGCAGUCAAUAGAAUAGGUCCAGUAAAGAAGUUAGCAAUAUACUUUAAAGCUGGAAUUGUUGGUGCAGUGUUUUUAGGAACAAGGUAUUUAAUAAUAUAUUGAUUAACAAUAUAGAUUUGCAUCUGGAAAUUAUUAUGCAAAUAGUAUUAAAACAGAUAUUGGUAAAUUACUUGAUGGGGCUCCUGUUUGGGAAAAUAAAUUUGAUGUACCAGAAUUAGAUAAAAAAUUCUUUUUUAUUGAUGAUGAUAAUAAUUUUGAACCUUCAUUAUGGCAUCAUGGCAUGUAUAUUAAUUGAAUAUAUCUAGCAACCAAAUUGAUAAGCCCAAAUAAUUUUACAAAUUUGAAUGAGCAUUAAAAAC